GGUGCCUAACCACACCAUCCCCGUGUGCCGGGGCCUCGGGCACAGCAGGGAGGUGCUGUGCGCAGUGGCCCCCACAGCUCUCCCCAGCAGCCCUCGCUGCGCCGGGCGACCCGGGGCGCUGGUCACCUGACUGCGUUAAACGUGGCUUAAUUUCACUACAUUUUACUCCCAACAAGUGCCCAGCCAUCGCUCAUCGCAGGCGCUUUCACGCGGAGGGCUUGGCGCGGCCUCCCCGGCAAACCUUCCCGUGUUCGUUAGCCCCAUCAAGUUAGUUUGAAAGUGAUUUUCUUCCUUUGGUUGCUUGGUGCCAAGGACGUGACGAUCCAUUUCCCACAGAAGCAGGGGCUGUGGGGGGGUCCCUUUAUUAAAGAGAAAUGGGACUCUGUGACUCCCCCUGGUACGCCCUGGCCACCUGGUGCUCCCCCCUCCGUCAGGCAGGUGGAAUGUUCUGGAAGGAGCCCUGUGUCCGGCAGGUGUGACGACACUGAGGAUGGAGCUGGCAGCUGGAGAGUUUGGAUUCGGCUCACAAGGGAUCUCACAAAGCUGUCUCCCUUCCGUUGUUUCAUUUCAAACUGGCAGCAGUCCCGUUGAAGUUGUUAUUCCCAUUAUGCACAAGUGGAAAACCGAGGCACAGGCUCCAGGCCUGUUGUUGCCUCAGGAAGCUGUGGCCCUCCCUGUGAGUGUCCGAUGUCUGGACGGUGUCACCACAUCCUCUGGGUUCCACGCCCUUUGCAAGUCCCGGCACCAACUUUCCUGGCCGCCCGGAUACCUGCGCCACCCCUGCAUUGUCCCACCCUCCCUCCUGCCCCCUGGCACCCUGUGCCCCAUAGGGAAGGAGCCUGGGGGUCCGCUCUGGCCACCUCAGCCUCACGGGCCCUGUGGUGCUUCACCAGCCUCUCCGCCGCAUGGCCGGGAACUCGCACCUCUGCAGGACCCAGCUGCUGGCUGCCCGGCCAGGGCAGGCCUGACGCUCUCAGCUCUGCCUUCCCAGCACGAGGUCUCAGCUCCCCUGGCCUGGACCAGGGCCCCAGGGAAGUCACCAGGGCCAACACCCCGGGCAGUGGUGAUUGGGGAGGCCCGAGAGCCGACGGUGGGGGUGCUGCAGGGCUGCUGGGCAGGGCGGGCACCGGGUCCAGGCCAGCAGGCCAGAAGCCCCGGCCCUCCCAGCGGCCGCCUCCGUGCCCGGCCCGCACUGGGGUUCCCGCUGGAAGCUGCGAUUCAAUUAUGCGGAACAGGCGGGCUGCGGUGACACCGAGUGUCAGGAAUUAAUGUUAACACUGCUUCUGGUUCAGGCUUUCUGUGUUGAUAAAUAAUUCAUGAGGCAGUUAGCGCUCUGCGCCUGACAACAGGAGAAUAUAUUAACACACCAGCGCUGCGAAAGGUCAGCGCGGACGGGGCUGCGGGCAUCUUUUAUUCAUUUCCGCCGCGGCUCGUUAGUUAUUCUGGCCCGGCUGGGCUGCGCGGUGCUGAGGCGCCAACGAGAAGGCGGUGGCCCCAGUCGCUGCCGCCCGGGGAGGGCACCCAGCGGGCCCGGGUCAGUCUGAGCUGCCGCCUGCGAGGCCUGGUCCUGGCUGUGCACCGAGGGUGUCCGGUGUAGCUCCUGAUGGGGCUGGGGGCUGAUGCGAACGGAGGGGCUGCCGCCAGCCACCCAGGUAUUUAUUAAGCACCUACUGCAUGCCGC